CUUUUCCCCUCCAAGGCCUCGAGUAACCGCUACGGUCCGAAAUCGGUUCGGCGUGCUGUGCAUGCAGGUCCUAUGCAUGAACUGGACCAGCCAAUUCCGAACAUUGUGGUCGCAUCAAUUGCAUCGUACUUGGUCCCUGCGCCGCGACAAUGUCGAGAUUGCCCGCAGGACUCUGGCAGAAGUACAUUGCGGUGCAAAUAUACGGUGCUAACACCGAUGUUGGAAAAACCGUGUUUUCUACCCUCCUUGGCUUGCGUGCUAAGGGUGGAGUAGGAGGAAGUCGAUACCGAGUUCACUACAUCAAACCUGUCUCGACAGGACCCUCGAGCGACCGCGAUGAUAGCUACAUACAGAAGUACGUGGGUCAGACCGUCACAACCCUGUUCCAAUUCAACGACCCUGUCAGUCCUCACAUAGCAGCUCGGGACUCCGAAGUGAUUCCUUCUGAUUCAUAUGUCAUCACCCGCCUCCAGCAGCAGCUUCGAGGCCAUGCUGUUGGGGCCGCAAACGAUUGGGGCCUUGCUAUAGUAGAAACUGCUGGUGGGGUUCUGAGCCCAGGACCAUCAGGGACACCGCAGGCGGACAUUUACCGAUCGCUACGACUCCCAGCUAUUCUUGUUGGUGAUCAUAAGCUGGGCGGCAUUGGUUCGACCAUUUCCGCUGCUGAAUCAUUGAUUAUGAGAGGCUACGAUAUCGACGCCGUAAUAUGCUUUGAUGAUAAAAGCAAGUACCAGAACGCCGAGUACCUGACAAAGUACUUCGAAGACAAGUUAGCGAUUCCAGUAUAUAGCAUACCCUGGAUACCCAAUGGUCUCGAUGGCAAAAGCGAGGGCGAGGAGACGAAGCUAAUGAAGCAAUACUACGCGCAGGUCAGCCAACACCAGAGCGUUGAGGAUGCCGCUGCACGUAUUUUUCUCCAGCACCACAAUCGGGUCAAGAACAUAGAGAGUAUGGCAUCGCGGACCUUCCAGAAGAUUUGGCACCCAUUCACACAACAUAAGCAUGUCAAGAAGGCGGAAGAUGUGCUUGUCUUCGACUCGGCAUACGGUGACUUCUUCGACGUCAAACGUACUCCAAGCUUAGAGACAGAUGACAAAGUCAAUAACGCAAGUUCUAUGUUGUGUAAAGCUUUCGAUGGAUCGGCUAGUUGGUGGACGCAAGGACUGGGACAUGGCAAUCCUCAACUGGCCCUUCAGGCAGCUUAUGCAGCAGGUCGCUACGGACACAUCAUGUUUGCGGGAGCAACACACGAACCAGCAAUUAAACUCGCCGAGCAUGUACUGAAGGGUUUGGAUAACCCUCGCUUGAAGAAGGUCUUCUACACAGAUAAUGGGAGCACGGCGACCGAAGUUGGCAUCAAGAUGGGCGUACGUGCGUCCUGCAAGCAGUACAGCUGGGAUGGCUCGAAAGAGGCUAUUGGAGUAUUGGGCCUGAAGGGCAGCUACCACGGCGAUACAAUUGGCGCGAUGGACGCGUCCGAGCCGUGUGUAUUCAACGAGAAAGUCGACUGGUAUCGAGGUCGGGGAUACUGGUUUGACUAUCCUACAUUCAAACUAAAGGAGGGUCGUUGGACAGUCGAACCACCUGCGGGAAUGGAAGAGGAAUUCGGUCCUGCGCAGCAUUUUGCCGAGCAGGAUCACAUCUUUGACCUUCACGGUAGAGGGCAAUCACCGCGGUACGAAGCAUACAUCGAGAAGACACUGGACAGGCUCGUCAAGAAAGAGGGAAGAAAGUUUGGCCUGCUUGUCAUGGAGCCCGUCGUUCUCGGCGCUGGCGGAAUGAUCUUCGUGGAUCCCUUAUUCCAAAAGAGCCUUGCGCGCGUUGUGCGUCGUUACAACUUUGCCACAUCCGAGAGCGCUCCAGGAUUAUCUACAUAUGGGCUGCCCGUCAUGUUCGAUGAGGUUUUCACUGGCUUGUACCGUCUCGGCAGAUUCUCGUCUGCAUCGUUUCUCGAUGUACGCCCCGAUAUAUCCGUUCACGCGAAGCUACUCACGGGGGGUUUACUUCCACUUUCGAUUACUGCGGCUAGUGACUCAAUCUAUCAGGCCUUCUGGGGCGAUGAGAAGUCUGAGGCUCUCCUUCAUGGUCACAGCUAUACUGCGCACCCGAUUGGCUGUCACGUUGCCAAUAUAAGUCUGGACAUUAUGGAUAAAUACUCCGGCGGCUCAAAAUGGAAUGUGUUCAAACAUAACUGGUCGAAAGUCCGAGCCCCAUUCCAACAAGAGGAGAGACUACCGAUUUGGAGGAAGACUUCAAAAAAGCCUAGAAUGAGUCCUGGAAAUCAUCUUGCGCUUUGGAGCUUUUGGGGGAAAGAUUUCGUGCUCGCUCUGUCGCAGCACAAGUGUGUUGAACAUGUCAACGCGCUUGGUUCUGUCUUAGCCGUGUCACUUAAAGACGAGGCUGGCGCCGGCUACAAUUCAUCCGCAGCUAUAGGACUUCGGGAUGCGCUUCUUUCCCGUGGUAAACAGAAGACCCGGAUUCAUUCUCGCAUUCUUGGCAACGUUAUCUAUCUGAUGGCGAGUAUGACUUCAAGAGGGGGUGACCUGCUUGGCGUUCAAGAGAGUUUCAUGCAGGAGCUGGAUGCGAUCGGUCAGUAGAUGAGAGUUUACCUGCAUUGUGCCGCACAGUCGAUCAUCUGCAGGUGGGUCGGGUUUGGUGUCCCUUCUUGAGGCAGUGCUCAUAUAUGAUGUACCUGACUAGGCAGUCGCUGGUAGGCGUAGAUCCAGAAGGUGGCCUGUUACACCCGUCAUGUACACUACAGCACUGUACCACCCUCUAGAGCCUGGCCGAGCGUCAAGGCUGUCAAUGAAAGUUUCUCUAUA